AUGAAGUGCCAGGCUUGCCAGACCGCGCACGCCCAGGUCUACUGCCAGGAGAGCCAGGCGGCGCUCUGCAAGGGCUGCUCCUACGUGAUGGGCGACAUCACGCGGUUCCGCCUGUGCGCCCUGUGCGAGUGCCACCCCGCCAAGGUGUUCUGUCACAACGACAAUGCCGCCCUGUGCGAGUCCUGCGACGCGGACAUCCACCUGUCCAACCCGCUGGCCUUGCGCCAUGAUCGCGUGCCGCUCGGCCCGCUGGCCUCCGACCUGCCCAAGGUGAGCGCCGGCAGCAGCAGGGGGUGGACAGGCAGGCAGACAGACAGGCGCGGCACCCUUGGAGAGUCAGCACUAGGAGGGUUGCAUCUCACGGUGUCCUUUUGGGGGAGCGACUUGCGGGCCUGGGCGCAAGACCUGUUCGGUCCCACCAACGAGGCCUUCGCUGCCAGCGACACCGACUCCUGCCUGGAGAGGCAGACGCCCUUCGCCCCCAACCACAUCGGCGAGUCGGACGCCGAUGCAAGCGUGCUGUUCGUGCCUAAGGGCAAGGCGUCGCUCAAGGAAUACGACGUCUUUGAUCUGGACAACGCCUUCUUCGGCUCGGACCUGCUGGACUUUGGCGAAGAGUUCUGUCAGGCGCCCAGCUCCCCAUCUGAUGGUGUGGUGCCCACAAUGGACAUCAUGGACAGCUCAGCGUCAAGCAAUACCAGCUCGCAGGACUACUCUGCAGCCGCAGAGUCGCCCAACACCCACGCCAAGAUGGGCUCUUACUCCUCUCAAGAGAUGUCAGACAGCCUGUCAUACGUGCCAGCCAUGCCGACCAUUCCCAUGGGGUCUCAGGCGAUCGGCGCUGGCAGCAUCUCACCCCAGGGGAGCUCCUUUGAGAUGCCCAGCAUCCACCUCGGAUCAUCCGUCGCUCUCGACCGCGAGGCCCGUGUCAUGCGGUACCGCGAGAAGCGCAAGCGCCGCACAUUCGAGAAGACGAUCCGCUACCAGAGCCGCAAGGCCUACGCGGAGGUGCGCCCCAGGAUCAAGGGCCGCUUCGCCACCAAGGAGGAGGUAGCUGCCAUGAAGGUGGCGGCCGCAGCUUCCGGCACCGCCCUCGUGCCCCUCUGCGCAUAA